AUGCUUCUCACACUCGAAGCCCGUCGCUUGUUAAGGAUACGGCGGGCGCCGGCAUUCCGCGUUCAGCAAUGCGGUUUACAUUAUGAUGGACGAAGUCGAGUCUCUAAUUUCUGGAUUCCCACUGGUGGUAUUUCCAAGAAACCUGUCGAUGGACAAACAGGUGCAUCUAAAGUAUCUUUGUCUUCGUUAUCCUCUCAGGAGCUAUGGGAAAAGUCCGGCCGGUUAAGCGCGAGCUCAGAAGAAGUAUUUCGACUCAAUGAUCGGAAGGAUACCCGUUUUCUCCUUGCUCCCACUCAUGAGGAGGAAAUAACUACACUCGUUGGGAGCCUCACUACUUCCUAUAAAAGCCUCCCUCUGCGAGUGUAUCAAAUCUCAAGAAAAUAUCGAGAUGAAGCACGACCACGGCAGGGUCUCCUUCGUGGCCGGGAAUUCAUCAUGAAGGACUUGUACACAUUUGACUACAAUGUUCAGGAAGCAUUGAAGACUUACCACGCGGUCAAACACGCCUAUACCCAGCUUUUCGAUGAACUCAAAGUCCCCUAUCUGGUUGCUGCCGCUGACUCAGGAAACAUGGGUGGUAGCCUUAGCCAUGAAUUUCACUUUAUCAGCUCCAAAGGCGAAGACCGCGUGGUGAGCUGCUCACACUGUGAUCACGUAUACAACGAGGAACUUGCCGAUGGAAAAACACACAGCUUCAACGAAUCCACGGAGUCGAAUAGUGUCCCAGGCUUCCAGACCGAAGAUGCAUCCACCGAAGUUACCCCCACAGUCUCUACUGGCAUGUGGAUGUCCAUCUCGCAAGACGGAAACACUCUGUUACGUGGCUGGUACCCCAAAUUCUCGAUGCAAAACGGGUCUACAGAGCCUGUUGAGCGCCAUGUCAACUCGCACGCUGUCAAGGCAAUCGCCACUGCCGCUGGAGUGGACCUCGAUUUAAGUGUGGAGAACCCAAUGGAUAAAUGGGUUGCGCGUGUUAAAUCGCGCUCGGCUGGUCAAAAACCUCGCGUUCUAGAUCUGUACGACUCCCAGGUACGGGUAUACCAGCGUCCACCAUUGAGUGAUCUUCUCGAGAAAGCAGGAUGCACUGUCGCUGACAUCGAAUACUCAAUGUUGGACCGGUUCCCUGAUGCAUCAAACAAACUCAGCCUGGUUCGCGUGCACGAUGAUGAUAAAUGUUCGCAUUGUGCGGAUGGACUCUUAACCAGCAACCCGGCUGUUGAGCUGGGACACACAUUCCACCUGGGCACUCGCUAUAGUGAGGUGCUGCAGGCAUCUGUGUCGGUCAAUCCCGCCCUACUUGAGGGCGCAUCUCCGUCAGAUGUCAAAUCGGGCAAGGAACAGAUUGUGCCGAUGCAAAUGGGCUGCCAUGGAAUCGGCGUCUCACGUAUGGUCUCUGCCGUUGCCAACCGACUUGUGGAUUCUAAGGGCCUCAACUGGCCCCGUGCGAUGGCUCCCUAUGAAGUCGUAGUGGUCCCCGGAAAGGGACUGGACUCCGUCGCGGAGCAGGUCUACGAUAGCCUUACCUCGGGAAAUAAGCCCGUGGACACGCUCCUCGAUGACCGUGACAAGGGCAUGGGCUGGAAGCUUGGAGACGCAGACCUGAUCGGAUACCCUGUCAUCAUUGUGGUGGGUAAUGGCUGGAAGAAGCACCAGACUUUAGAGGUGCAAUGUCGCCAACUCGACGUGAAGAAGGAUGUUUCCCUGGACCAGCUACCCGAGUUCGUUGACAGUCUGCUCACACAACUGUGA